GCGUUUGAUCUCGUUACGCGGCGGGCGCACGCACCGCUGCACCCUGAUUGGACCCUGAUUGCUUCUGUUAUCGCGCCUUCGCAGCCUUUACCCUAUAAACAUGAACCCCCGAUAGCAUAUCCCUUAUCCUUUACACGCAUUUCUAAUACGACAAGGACAGAAUGCUGUAGGUAUAACAGAAUCCUGCGACCCGAUGGACUACUGUCAGGGAUGGGUUGUGGUUGCGGCAUUGAGUGGGACGGCACGGACGCGACAUGAGCGCUAAGGACCGAGGACUUGUUGCUUUCGUGCUCGUCUACCUGACGUUUUUCUUAGAUAAUGUUCUGCUGACCGUGUUAGUUCCCAUCAUCCCGGACUGGGUGCAGGGUGGAGAGCUGGCGCGCUGGACGGCACAGGACGCCCCACCGCCGCUGGCCACGUUGCUCAACCACACUGUGCGCCAUGCCCUCGCACAUGACAACGACACGCACGCGCAUACAUUAGGCAAGCUCAUUUUAUAUUGUACUGGCUGUACCGGCUACGGCUUCAAGCUGGCGCGUUGCUCAACCUCACCUGUGACGUAUCGUGAUACAGUUGAGAGCGUCCGACGAGGCGGCAGCACGGCGGUGGUGGGCGUGGUCCUGGGAGCGAAGGCGGCCGCACAGCUGGCGGCGGCGCCGUGGGCAGCGCGAGCAGCGUGUGGUGGAGCGGCGCGGGCGCUCGGAGCGGGCACGGCGCUGCUGGCGGGAGCGGCUAGCGUGUUCGCGGCUUGCGGUGCGGGCGGAGGCGUGUGGUGCGCUGGUGCGGGGCGCGUACUGCACGGGGCUGGAUCCGCGCUGGCUGGCGUGGCGGGGCUGGCACUGGCAGCCGCUUGCGCGCCUGAGCGUCUGCCGGCGCUUCUAGGCGCUGUUGCACUAGGUGUGUUGGUUGGCUACCCGACGGGCGGGCUACUCGACGCCGCUUGGAGUUUCCUCCUGCUGGCUGCCUUGCUUCUGGGAAACCUAGCUUUACAGUGCGUAUAUUUACGAAAAGAGGAAUUUAAUCGGGUGACCGGCGGCGGCGGCGCGUGGUUCAGCGCCCGCGGCGCAGGCUACGCGGCGCCGGCGGCGGCCUGCACUGGCUGCGUGCUGCUCACCACCUGCGUCAUGGCCGCUCUUGAACCUACCCUGCCGCCUUGGAUCCGCGAGCGCUUCCACCCACAGCGAUGGCAGACCGGCAUCGUGUUCGUGCCAGACAGUGCUGGCUACCUGCUAGCAACAUCGUGCGCGGGUUUGGCAGCACGCGCGCUUGGCGCCGAGCGCGUGGCUCUGGCGGGUCAGGCUGCCGUUGGUAUCGCCGCGCUUGCGCUUCCACAAGCGCCCACGGUAUGGUGGCUCGCGCUACCGCACGCGGCCCUGGGUGGUGGGCUGGGCGCAGCCGACGCAGCUCUAGUACCGGCGCUACUGGCGCGCGCUCCGCGACAGGUGCCCCAUCUCGCCGCGCUGCUGCAAGCCGCUUCCAGCGCUGCUUAUGCUCUAGGUCCUGCUCUAGGCGGUCUGAUGGCGUGGCGCUGCGGGUUCGCCACAGCACUGCGCGUUCUCGGCGCCGCCAAUCUGCUCUACGGCGUGUUUCUCUACACCCGCCUCAAGCAACACCCACUGUCACCACAGUGGGGUGCGAGUACGCCUGACGACGAAGAUUCCGAGGCGUGCGAGUCUGGUGUGGAGAGCACGCCGCUUCGCCCGCAGCAGUAUACGCAGCUACACUAAGCCUUUAUAUGGCAGAGCAGAGGAAAUACAUUACCCAGGAAUAAUUAAGGAGUUUAUGGCGUUGGCGCGUCCUUUUCGCACUUAAAAAAGUGAGAAUAUCCCGUGACCGUGCUGAUUCCACUGAUUUCGAACUUAAUUUACUAUGCAUUUUAUUUAUAAAAGGACUAGAUGCACUUGCCGCUGGAGAUAAUUACAACACAUCUUCUAUUAGGCACUAUAAUUUACUGGAUGUUUUUAGGGUUCCGUACCAAAAGGUACAACAGGAACCCUUUAUGGUGCUCCUCUGUUCGUCUGUCUGUCCGUCUGUCACAUUACUAAAUAUCUCGAGAACUACUUAUGCUAUCGAUU